GAACUUCUUUCUAGUAAUUUAUUUUUGUUAGAAAUCAUGGGCCAUGCCUUCGUGUAUAAAUUUGAAGUCUAGUGGUAACUAAGAAAAAGGCUUGAAGCAAUUUAAACAUGAAUCAAGGCACUGAAGCCUCUUAUCAUGGGACAUGAGGAUAAGUUAUAUUUCACUAAGAAGGUGGAUUAUUUCACUGAUCGGAAUCGCUUGGCUCAUAGUAUUGUAAGCUAGCGCGAUGACACUUCCGUACAUACAUCUAUCGCCAAGGCAAUUGAUUUUGAAUAAACCCCUUUAUCUUUUUUGCACAGCUCUUCAUUUUCCAUGUCGAGAGCCUUGAUUUUAUUAGUAUUCAAGGCGUGCAGUCCUAGCUAUUCCUUCAUUCCAAUUCACAACAUUGACAGUACAGAUACGCUCAGCUAUAAUGGUUCCAUGUGCGUGUUCUUCUUAAUGAGUGCUGUAUGACAUUUAGACCCACUCCUUUCCUUUAACGCAUCUACCGUAGCUUUCUCCCAUAGCAGUAGUGCAACCUCCACUAUUGCACGACAUGCAAUUUGGAUACCUGUGCUGUGCUGGAGAGGGUGACUCUUAUCGUCCAAUCACGGAAAUGUGCACUCCUGCAAAGUUUCCGACACUGCCGCUCACUUCACGCUUUUUCAUCAUGCAUAGCGACGGUUAUCUUGCGUUCAAAAAAAGAGGUACUGUGGGUAGGUUCUACUACGACAAUAUGCAAGGCAAAGCCACAUCCCACUGGUUUCUUCGCCUUUCCUAAAGUCUGGGCUGCUGCCGUAUUUAAAAGAGCAUUAUUCUCAAAAGAAGGGUUCAUUUUUUUAGGACACCCUUAUCAAGUGAGUUCAACGGACACCAUGAAGUCCUCUAUGCUUGCGCGUUCAUAGCAUAGGAUAGACAGAGGAACAGGGGAAGCAGGCAAGAAUCUAAUCAGGAAUAUAUAUAUAUGUAUAUAAUGGUCAUGUUGUUGGAUACAAGAGACAUUUUUAUUUUUUCGUACAUAUAAACAUUACUGUUGCUACUUUUUUUAUGAAGAUUUAAGCAGAUUUUGAUUUAUUUCUAUAAUAAAUUAUUGAUUUCUAAAAAAGCAGUAUGAAGAAAGCAAAAGUGAAUCACAAGUCCCAAAAGGAUGGCGUGAGUGCUGGAUGCUGAUUGUCUCUGCUGUUAUGCAAAAGAGUGCUACUUUCAAUAUUCUUUUUGUCUGCUCUCUUUCCCUCCUUGACCCUUUUGUUUGGUUAAUUUUAUAGAGGAUGCGGUUACUGUUGAUACGUAUUCAGAAACCUUCGGCAUUUAUUAGCUGGAUCAAUUUUGUUUAUAUCGAAGCGAAUGGUAGCUUUUUUAUUCCUUUGACCUUUCCUCUACAAGAUUCAUAUACAAUCUGCUUAUAUAUGCUGAUAUGACUAUUUAUCCACAUUCAA